UAAUCGCAGGAACUACGGCGCGAGUUCUGGCAAGAUGACGUAGUAUGUCACGUGUCUGGUGAAUCAACCGGUGCGUCUCAAUGUGGGAGUCCUGGAUGGUAUAAAUCGUUCAGUUGAGUUCGGUUUGUGGUGUAGCGAUAGGAACUGGGAUAGCUUGCUCCAGAGACUUAGGAAUUUUCUCGGCGCAGAGAUUGUACAACACAAACAACAACGUAACAAAUUCUAAGCAAGUAGAACAUUGCGUCAUACAAGCAUAAAGAGAAUCGAAUCCAAGAAAAGCAAGUCUAAACAAAUACGAGAUUAGUGACAGGUUCAAAUUUUUUCUCAUACAAGCUAAAAAAGAAGGAAGAAGACAGAAAGAAAACGAAACAAGAAAUCUUCGAUUGUUUUUGAAGAGUUUCAGCAUUUGUGAAAGAAGGAAAGUGUUUUUAAAAGAAAGGAAAACUCAAACACGAAGAGCAGUAAAACAGAAGAACUAAUCAAACAAAAUACUAACCUAUUCAAACAGAAAAACUAAUUAAAUACAAGGAAAAUCACAUAUAAGGAGAUGGCCGUUCAAUUCUUCGUAGUCCAGUCAUAUCUUCAGAUCGUGCUGACCACUCUUUCGCUGUAUGCCCUACAUGCGUAUGGGUCACCAGUUCAGGAAAGUUCCGACAGAAUUUUAUGCCCUCUGGGCUGGUUCCACUACCAGAGGUUCUGCUUGACCAAGGCCAUGGGCAAAUCUGACCGGGCAGUCGCCUUGUACUGUGACGGUUUUGGCGGCAUCGGCAUCAAGGGCCUAUGCAUUAUUCGAGCUCAAACUGAGGUCAGCGAAAAAGAGUUGCUGGGAGAUAACUACCAGUUUUCUUCGGAUUUCUCCCUACUGGGGGGCGACCUGGCAGAGGAGCUGAAAUCCUUCCCCUCCCAGGCAGACGACCCCCGGGACGAGAGCACGUCCACGCUGGUGAGUUCGUCUGCUGAGGGGAGCGAGAACGAGACCCGGCUGUGCCCCCGGGGGUGGUCGCACUACAGGAGCCUGUGCUUGUACAAGCCGGAGAGCGUGGAGGAGAGGUGCAGGAACUUGGGAGCUGUGGAGUUCAGUGGACUGUGUCUUAAACAUGCAGAUACAAGAGCUCUUCAAGAAUCUCAGAUUGAUGCAGAAAGUUUAAAUAAGAGAAUAUGCUGCUGUUCUCAUCCCAAGGCCAAGGGGAACAACUACGGAUGCUGAAAAAAAAAUCUAUUUUUAGCUUUAGUUGACCUAUCUCUCUACACAAUCUACACAGCCAAUCAGAUGAGUCUGAAACAACACUCACCACCUACAUACUAGGAACAUCAACAUCAUUUAUUUUUCAACACCCAUAUACAUAUUUUUAAAACUACACUUAUGUAAGCCUCCACAAUUCACCACAACAGUCUGCUUAUGAAAUCCAAUCAAAAAUAUUCAAAAAGUACUCGAUUAUUAUUAAACAAAGCUUUAAUGUGAAUUAUCAAUUAAGUUAUAUUUGAAUAAACAUUUUUUAAAAUGAUACGUUACAUUUUGAAAACGUUUUAGGGAGCACGCAUGUUUUGGGUUGAUUAUAGCUUCAGCUCCAAUUGUUUAUAAGCUCCAACUAAGCUCCAGUUGUUUAUUAGCCCCAACUUAGCUCCACUUGUAUGUUUAGUUCAACACAGCUCCAAUGCCAAUCUAAAAAAAAAUUCUGAAAGUUCGAUUUCUGCAAAGACUUCUCAUCGACGUAUGUCACAUAUUGCUUUGUGGAUAUUGAAACUUUAUAUUAU